AUGAAGAACGCUUAUAAGAAAGUCCGAGUACGUUAUCCAGUUAAGAGGCCGGACGUGAAGAGAAAGCCUAAGAAGCUGAGCGAGGAAUUCAGGAAGGCCCGUAUGCUUGCAGCUUCUGUUGCUGAGGAGAUAGGAGGGCUCUCUCCGCUUGAAAAGAAAGUUGUUUCGCUUAUCGAAGCCAAGAACAACAACAAGGCACAGAAGAUAUUGAAGGUGAGGCUAGGCUCUCACAAGCGUGCCGGGAUAAGGAUUGAGAAGUUGACGAAGAUGAUUCUGGAGGAAUAA